GUCGUUCGCCUGCAUCUCGCGCUGUUAACAUCUCGACUCGAGAUAGCGUAGCAUCACGCUAUUAUUAAUAUUAUUAUUUGUGUCCAAGAUCGUUGUUGAAAAUUCAAAAAAUCGGCUUUAUCCAGUGUGAUGAUCGGUUAACAGGAAUCUCUGAAAUGUGUAAUAAUAUAUUGUUAUUGAUGGCGUUACUUGAUUUUGAUCGAAAAGUGUGAUGCAAAUCGUACGUGCUUUCGUGCUUGCGGUCAAGUAAGAGAGAGAAAAUAAAACUGCGAAAGUCGCGCGCGUCGACGUCGAUUGAUUAACGUUACGUUUAUGUAACUCUGCCAAUUUGUCAGCUUUUCCAAAAAGCCGUGACUGUCGACGAUUUUUCGUAGCUCCGUCGCUCUCGCUCUGUGCACGAGAAGAAAAUUUCUGAAUAAAUUGUGCGUUAUAUACCCAGUGUACAGUGCUGCAAAAGUAUCGCAUAAGCGUCGAGUACAGGCGUAUAACAUAAGCGCAUAUCUCGGCUGGCUCUCACUACCGAGAAUACGCAUUUACGUUUUUGUACCCCGCAACGAGAUGGACGGUGACGACGAGGCAAAAGCAUUAAGCUCACUUUGCCACUGCUCUCCGAUGAUGCGAUAGUAUCGCAAACGAAGCUUGCGAGCUUUUACACGGAAUUCUCUUUUGCGUCUGUUUCGUUUACAGUGUCAUGAGAAGUUGCAUAACUAUUUUUAUAAAAGAGAAAGUAAAAUAUAGAUAAAUAAAUAAGUGUGAGUUAACGAGUUAUAUUCUACGAGCUUGCGGCGUGCAUACAUAACAAAUAAGCAAAAAUGGCGACAACGGAAGUUUUCCAAGACUGGGACAAUCCGCACGAGAUCACGUCGAUUUCGCGGAAAACUACGCGAACCACGACCAGGACCAGGACCACGCGACGAGAUGUUUAUGAAGACAGCAGAGAAGAGACAUCAUCUUCAACUAAAAAAACCACCAUGACGACAGCCGCAAAAUUAUAUGGCAAGGAUCUGAGUGAAUACGAUGAUGUAGACGUAGAUGAGCUAUUGUCUCAGCUCACUCCUGAAGAGAUCAAUAUUUUGGCCAAAGAAGUUGAUCCAGAUGACAGUUUUAUGCCACCUUCACAGCGUUGUAGCUAUGAGUGCACUAAGACUCCAACAGGACCAUUAAAUAGAAAAAAGUUGAUUGAGCACAUCAAUAAACAAGCACUGGAAACACCUGAUAUUCCAGAAAUAAAGCCUUAUGUACCAGGAGUUGUUAGAGGAAAGAAAUGGAUACCACCUGUCACAGAAAGUUUGAAAGAAAAAGAAGUAAACGAACAAAUUGCCAUUGAUUUGGGUGAUGAAUAUGAGCAAGCUCUAUCUAAUGCCACUGAAGAUGAAAUCAUUGAUCUUGCCGCUAUUCUUGGUUUCCAUUCGAUGAUGAACCAAGAUCAAUACCAUGCAUCUCUAUUAAACUCUGGGCAACCCUUGGGUAUGGGUUGGGAUGGUAUAACAAAAGCAAGUCAACCAAAAGUUUUCCCUAUGGAUCCCCCUAAUGAUACAGAUGUUGAUGACACUAUAAGAAGAGUUCGUGAGGAUGAUCACUUAUUGGCUGACGUUAACUGGAAUAAUAUUAAGAAUAUUUCAGAUGAAAAAUUCAUGCAACUUUUUGAAGCUAUUGAGAAUAAUACACAUCUUGAAACACUCAGUUUAACAAAUGUAGGGCUUACAGAUAAGGCUGCUCAAAGAUUAGCAGAUGCUUUAGAAAAGAAUUCUACUCUGCGUGUUCUUAACGUGGAAACUAAUUUCAUAAGCCCACCUGUGAUAGUUAAACUCGUCAAGUCUCUUUUAAAUACAAAGGCUAUUGAAGAGUUCAGAUGCUCAAAUCAGAGGUCUCAAGUUUUGGGCAAUAAAAUUGAAAUGGAAAUCACACAACUGGUAGAGCAAAAUCCAACAUUACUUAGACUUGGACUCCACCUAGAAUUCAACGAUGCUAGACACAGAGUGGCAGCGCAUCUUCAGCGAAACAUUGAUAGGAUUGUACGCGUUGAGAAAAAAAGUUAUAGACAAAAAAAAUUACAAGGACAUGAAGCAAAUGAAGCUGACACGAAUAAAUGAGUUUGGAAUGGCAUACGGCAGUCCCGGCUCGAGGUUGCGACAUCCUAAAUCUAGAAAAAAACAACCACCAUCACCACAACAACAAUCAACACAACACAUUUGUUGCCUGUCCUAUCUAUAUAAUCUAUCACUAUGACUAGUUAUAUUAUGCUAAGAAAAAAAAUUGCACUCGCCUAGAAUAUAUUGUAUUGUGUAAUAAUUGCAAGGAGACAAGCAAAAAGCUUAAACUUUUUACUCGAAACACUCCUGAAUUGCUGUAUAUAUUAUAAUUAUUAUGAACUACUCAAUUUUAGCACACUUCUACUAUUAUAUAUUAUUAUAAUAAUUAUGAAAUGCUAUAUAUUGUUCUUUUGAGAAAAAAAGCUAAGUUGAAAACACGU